UUUACAUAUUAUUAGCGUUAUCUAUUUAUAUACGUGAUAAGAAUAUCUCACAUUGUAACCGUGUGCAGUAGGAAUCAUUCUAGAAACGUUUCAAACAUGAAUUUCGCUGGCAAAGUAGUAAUUGUUACCGGCGCCAGUUCAGGAAUUGGUGCCGCUACUGCCGUGUUUUUAUCAAAACUUGGUGCACAAUUAUCUUUAACUGGAAGAAAUGUGGACAAUUUGCAAAAGGUUCACAAAGACUGUGAGAAGUCAACAUCUACUUUUUUGGUUCCGGCAGAUUUGACGAAGGAAGCUGAUAUUGAAAAAAUCGUUAAGAGUACCGUGGAUCAUUAUGGAAAAAUCGACGUUCUGAUAAACAACGCGGGAAUUAUCGAAACAGGAACUAUUGAGAAUACAUCUCUAGCGCAGUAUGACCGCCUCAUGAAUACCAACGUCCGAUCAAUUUACUAUUUGACAAUGUUGGCUGUACCACACUUGUUAAAAACUAAAGGUAACAUUGUAAAUGUUUCUAGCGUGAAUGGUAUACGGUCGUUCCCCGGCGUGCUAGCUUACAACGUGUCUAAAGCAUCCGUGGAUCAGUUUACAAGAUGUGUUGCUUUGGAGUUAGCGGCUAAGGGUGUUAGGGUAAAUUGUGUGAACCCUGGUGUUAUUCUGACCGAAUUACAACGUCGUGGAGGGCUCUCUGACGAGCAGUAUGCAGCUUUCUUGGAAAGAAGCAAGGAGACGCAUGCUUUGGGCCGUCCUGGCAAGCCUGAUGAAGUUGCAGCUACAAUAGCAUUUUUGGCCAGCGACUUAGCUAGCAAUAUUACUGGAGCCAGUGUGCCUGUUGAUGGAGGACGCCAUGCUAUGUGCCCACGCUAGAUUUUAAUUUUUAUACCUGUUUAUUGCAAUUUUAUGAAUUUAUCUGAGCAUUUUU